UACUAGAAGUAUUUGAGGCAAUUUGUUAAUCUGGACACAUAUAUUGUAAUAACAGUAUGCUCUAUCUUCAGUGGAUCAGCGUCUGAAGAAAAAUCUAAGACUAAAUUUUCAUAAUAAUCACAGGUGUUGUCAAUAGAACAGCUUUGACUUGUCCUAAAUUGCAUCAAAAUGUGCAAACGGACAAAAGAUGCAAGUAAAGGUUCAGGGUGCAAAAAGAUACAAUUAAGGGCCCAGGAUUUCGAAUCAUAAUCCGGUAUUUUUUGACACCCCGAUCAGUUAGUGGAGUGCUACCACUUUUUGAGCCCUAUGGUUUUGCUUGCGCAUAAAUCCUCCAUGCUGCACUUGAGAAUUUUGAUGCAAAGAAUAUUAUGUUCCACGUAGAUCUGAAGUAUAAAAUAACAGAAGUUGAAGGAUAUGUCGGAAUAAUUCACCUCCAACAUUUCGAAUUUAUGGCAACCACUCACGCAAAAAUUUUGUUCGUACAUUUCUUCUUGUUUGAUUAUUUGGUAACACUGAAUCAGAUAUCACGACGUCACAGCCUCUUGGUAUCAACAAGAUUCUGAGUUAGGGAUGAGAAAUCAUUAAAAGCCAUUUUUGACCACGUGGCAGAAAGUGGCACAAAUUCUUUCAAAGUAGAUUCUUGCCAACUAGGAUAUAAUAGCCAUUUUUGACCACCUGGCAGAAGAUGGUGGCAGAAAGUGGCACAAGCUCCUUCAAAGUCGAAAUUUUGUCAUCGCUGUUCUGAAUCGGCCAUUGAAAAAGAGGACAAGUAGAUGAUAACCGUGCUUCACAGCCGUGCUUACUUUGGCUGUAAUGUGAUAAUGGGAGGUCGGCAACUUCGAAAAUUCAGAAUUUUCCAAGGGUGACUGACUUUGCUUAUGGCCAAUUCUUUAAUGAAGUCAUGUUAGGUAAAACAUUCUCUUUUGUAUCAAUCUUAGCCACUAAUUUUUGUUUGAUAAAUGAUCAUUCAAUGAAAGAAGCGGCAAUAUCUUGUGAAAUCUAGGUUAGGGGCAAUUUGGAGUUUUUUUGCAUUCAGACCAUCAUCAAGUUUACAGUACAUAAGGGAUUUGCCGACAUUAGCUUGAGAUUUAUGUACUGGUCUGAAAGUUUUUUUCAUUCUAGCCCAGAGUAUGAUGCAAAAAGAAUUUGAUUGUGAUUGAUUCUGAAACGGCUACAAAAAUGUCGUUUUGUAGUAACUUUUUUAGACAAAAUUAUUGCCUGGAACAUAUGAAACUUCGACCUUGAAAAUGACGAUUUUCGGUCAGUUUGAAUUUUCCGCCUUUUUACUAUUUCGGGGAUUGCUUUGAUUGCUCCUUCGACUUUGCUCACCCGCACUUUCAACCAAUGACAAACCUUGUUUACAUUUGGUUCGCAUUUUGUACGUGAGGCCGCUGAAUCCUAAUUGAGACGUGCAUUGUUAUGAAAAGCAAGCCGAAAACUGCUUGAAACACGUUUUUUGUAAAUUCCAGUACAGGCAUUGAAAUGGCAAUGGAGAGUUACUUUGGCAAAAAUAUAACGUCUAGGGUCACUGAAAAGUAAAGCAUCAUUGGUGACACCGUUACCUCUAACUAGAGACCCUAGUCAGAGACGCGCGAGGUUUGACAAGUGGCUCCACUUCGAAAAAGUAAGAGAUCAGAAGAACUAAAAAGUAUCCACACAUAUUUCGAAUUGAUGCGCUGGAUAAGAAAGAGUACUGUCAAGACAAGCAUCAUUGACAUUUUUUUUCAAGGACACUGCGAAUUUUUUUUUCAAAGACAAGCUGAUUCAUGGAUAUGAUAUUUUAGAUUGUUAAAAAUAGGUUGUUACUUUCUAAAUACUUUCUGAACCCGUUAUUUUAUAAGAUUAGAUUGCAGACAUAUUUCAUUCCGUUCUUCAAAUCAACAUUAUGGCAUGCGAACUCUAUGCAAUUCUGUCAAGAAACAUGUCCUUUAUACUUUAGAAUCUAAUUCGUUGCAUAUGGCUGUACUUUCUAUUUUGAAGUGCUUUAGUCCAAAUUGAUCCUGUCAGCAUGCGAGAAAUCAGCGUGACAACUAUAUUUUAUUGAGAAAUACCAUACUGAUGCAAUUCUAAUGGCAAAAGACACUUUAAUACUGUAGAAUAUGUUGGUUGAACCCAAGGUGAAUCAAAUUUGUCAUAAAUCAUUCAAAUCUUUGCCUUCUUAUGCAAUACAAACAAGUUAGUUUUUUUGGAUAUGACUGACUCCCUGUUGGGAAGGUUUCCAACAAAGCCCAUGUUCGGUGACAAUUGGCAGCCAAUCAGAACGCUCGAAUUUGAUGACGUAUGCUCAACCUCGCGGGUCUCUGCAUCCAGGGUCCCUACCUCUAACGCUUUUAUUCAAGCCCUGACAAUUGCACACCAGCUUUACUAUAAAGAAACCUUUGAGUGGCAAAUUCAAAGGCAUUGUGCGACCAAUUAUUUCAUCCGUUUUGACUAACAAGGAAUUCACUCUCUUGGAUCGGUGUAAGAGCCGAGAUCAUUGUAAAAAAAAGUCUUUUCCAAUGCUCGGCCACUUUAGAAAAUACAAUAUGGGAAUUUCUUUUUCUAGCAAAUGAAAAGAAACAAUACAUCAAGGUAGUUUGCAGCCUUUUAACAUCAGGCAAAAAAGACAAAGAAGAAGGCAAAAGGCCAAGCACGACACAGGACAAAAAUCAGGAUCAGAACAAAGCAAAAAAUACGAUGCAAAUUACGGAACAAAGAGAGACGUCUAUCCAGGAACAAAUCAAGAGCCAGGAAAGUGAGCCCAUCCAGCGUCGAACUAGUAUUAUGAAGAAGGGAGAAGCGCUUCCCGAAAAAGACGACAACAAGGAAGGAACUCAAAAGGAAGACAUUGAGAAGGCAAUCGAGAAUCCGAGAAAAUCCAAGGAAGGUAUUGAAGAAGAAAAAGUCAAAUCUGAGGGAAAGAAUAAGAAAAAAACCGAGGGAAAUACCCAAUUCUUGGCCCAGUUCUUCAAAUACAGGGAAAUUUCAAGAAGAGCAAAAUAUCUGAGAGAGCAUCUUCUUCUGGCCAUUGACCUUGGAAUGAGUGAAGAAGCUCUAAUGUUUCUCCAAUUCUCAGAGGAAUUGUUCUUGCGUUGUAAAGAACAUUGGCAGCAAAUAAUCGUCAAUUCGCAUCAAGCAGAUCUAGUUGCUAGUCCCAACCAUCCGGAUCAUUCCAAAACGACUCCUCUGUUGGAGAGCAUUAAGAAAAAAAAUGACGAAGUAACCCAAAAGCUCAUUGAUCUCGAAAGGGAUCUAUUCAUGCAGGCUUCAGACUCGCCGACCAAUGAGGAAGUAAGAGCACAUCAUGCCUCAAACACUACUUACCCAGAUCAAUUGAAGCAUUGCCUUGGACCAGAAAAUCCGUCCGAUCAGAUUUUGAGGCAUUAUUUCCACUAUCUUGUCCAAAGCAAGCCCCUAGCCAAACGAAUGGCCGCAUUAAAUCAGUCUGAAAAGGUUACUAUUUUGGAGUUACAUCGCCAAUGGGCGGUUCAAGUCUUCAACCAUUCAGCCCUUCAUGAAGUCACCAAUGCCAUUGCUACUUUGACGAUCGAGGAAAAGAAGCGAAUCGUUUGCUCACAUGGAAAUUUACUGCAAUCGGCCGUGAGCACUCAAAAAAGGCUCGUCAUUGGAGAGCUCCUUCACCAAGAAUACCUCUGCCACAAAAAGGACGAGGAUGAGCAGGAGGGCAAAAAAGAGUGUAUACUUUGCAUACAGAAGCAAUUGACUCAUGACUACGACAUUAGUUACGCAAUUGACACCUUAGACUCAUUCUUUCCCAAAACGAAUGUUGCAAAAUGGUGCAACUUCAUCUUCUUCCACUUAGUUUUUGUUCUUCUUGGCGCCUCUCUAAUAUUGUUGGACAUCUACUUAGACAUGCAAUUGACUGAAGAUUUUUACAAUCGAACAUUAAUUGCCACGAACGAAACUGACCAAACCAAGUUCGAGCUAGCCUUUCAAAUCAGUUGGGGGAGUCAGCUUCUGCCCCUGAUCACUUCCAUCCCUAUUUGGAUUUGGAAAUUGACGGAACUCAAGCAAUUCAGCUCCCAGUGCACGCGCCGGGUUUCUUCGACGACCCAAAAGGAGGACAUAGAAAUGACCCCUUUACAACCAAAUAAAGAAACGCAAUUGAUGAAAGUCGACAGUACCGCAACCUCGAACAAAGAGCAAACGUUGACCUCGAAAUGGAAAACAACCAUAGAGAUACAAAUGGUUUUCCACUGUGGCGGGAACACGUCGGAAGAGAACAAGGAGAAAAAGAGUUGAUUUUUGGGGAGGCAUACUCUUUCUCUGGAAUAAUGCAAUGGAAUGAAAAUGAUCGGCACCCUGAAAAAACCGGUAGAACAGCUCUGAACAUCCCUCAAAAUUGGGCGAUACUAUGAAAGAAUUCAAUGAUUACUCAAUACACAUUCAAUUACUCCAAUUGCCAAGUAGGGAGUUUUACUUUGUUUUUCCCAAUUAGUGGAACAAUUUCAACCCCUCAGACAUCGGCCUAACCAGAAUAGAAUUGAGCCAAACAAUAAGAGAUUAGCUCAUACAGCCCUGCUCAAUUGUUCCUUGCAAAAUCAAUAAUUGCUUUGUAUGCCAUCAAAAAUCUUAAGAAAUGAUUUUCAUUCUUCUCUUUCAUUACGAUUAUCCGCUGCUCGAUCUCAUCAAAACACUCCAUGCACCAAAUGUAAUUCCUAAUUGUUAGUUUAACUCCCAUUCCUGAAGUUGUUUCGCAUUUUCUAGUAAACAGAACAAAUUAGCACUUAAAACAUAUGUUUUUCUCUCUUGUUGAUGUUUUUCUUUCUCUUUCUCUUUCUUGGUCCCUUCUUUUCUUAUAAAUUCGAACCGAUAUGAUUUCCUCCAAGUCUUUAGAUUUCAUUUUUGUAUUUCCUCCAACUCACGUUAAUGAGUUGUUGCAUUGCCUAGCUGUAACAUUAUUGACUGUGUUCACCAUAUCUUGCCCAGGUCCUGGUGAGAACAAGCUUUUGCUAACCCAGAACCUGAGGAAUUACAUACUCAUAAAAUUGUCGAUAUAUUAAGAUGUAAACUCAAAGAUUAGAUGCCAACAUCAUCCAAUCAUGAUCAAAAUGUUUCUGAAAUAAAUCUAUCUAUCUACCCACA